GUGGGCGGAGAUGGGCUGUCACAAGUCAUGUGAGCCGGUUAACAUGGCUGCGAUCUGUUAGUCUAAUGUGAGAGAGCUGAGCUUCGCCAAUUUGCCAGCCUAGACAGUCGGACCGGGUUCACAAUCGCCGAGUUUCUUCGGCUCUCCCGGAUGUGCAGUUGACAUCGUUUUCUUUCAGUUGGUGUUGACGGCGCAGCAGACGAGAAGCAGCCGACGGACGAUAGGGGUGGACAUCAUUCAACGUUAUAUUACUUGGAUGGUCACGCUUGUGCCGUAAGUGCGCUGACUCCGAGGGAUGUUAAAUGACAAGUCGCUUAUCGCUGCUUGGAGCUGACAUAAGAACAUCGUGUAAGAAAAGAAUAUACACGUUCUGUGCGCUGAUCUACUGUGUUUUAUGACAGUCUGCUUUGAAAUCUGGCCACACGCAGAGACCGCCGCUUCUCUCCGUGUAUUGGUAAUGAAAGGAAAGAAAAUAAAGGGACUCUUAACGGCGGAUUUUGAGUUUGCGCCUCUUUUUAAGGUGUAGCGCGAUCUAGGGUUCUAAAUCAAAAAGGACUGUCAAGUUAGCCUCGCCCAUUUAGAAUUCAGAUGUCAGUGCUCGCAGCUCUGGGACUGAGAAAAAACUUCCGUCAAAAAGAAUAAAAAAGGAACUGUUGUAGUUUAGUAACAAUAAACUCAACGGACACCUGCGGACCGCGAUAAGGAUAUAGCUCAUUAACGGAAUUCCCUGUGAGUCUUUCGUGUCGACUGAAAGUGAAAGAAAAUGAACACGGAGAAAGAUUUCAGCCCUCUAACUCCAAAUAUCGUGAGGGCCCUGAAUGACAAGCUCUACGAGAAGAGGAAGGUGGCAGCGCUGGAGAUUGAGAAGCUUGUGCGUGAGUUUGUAGCCCAGAACAACUCCACUCAAAUCAAGCAUGUAAUCCAGAUUUUGGCUACAGAGUUUGCCUUGUCUCAACACCCACACAGUAGAAAGGGUGGUCUAAUUGGAUUGGCAGCCUGUUCAAUCGCCCUAGGCAAGGAUUCUGGAUUAUAUCUUAAGGAGCUCAUUGAACCAGUGCUGGCAUGCUUCAAUGAUUCAGACAGCCGACUUCGUUAUUAUGCCUGUGAGGCGCUGUAUAAUAUCGUGAAGGUGGCAAGAGGAGCUGUAUUGCCACAUUUUAAUGUUCUUUUUGAUGGACUUAGCAAGCUAGCAGCUGAUCCAGAUCCAAAUGUAAAGAGUGGCUCUGAACUUCUGGACAGAUUACUGAAGGACAUUGUUACAGAAAGCAACAAGUUUGACCUUGUGGCCUUUGUCCCACUGCUUCGUGAGAGGAUAUACUCCAAUAACCAGUAUGCCCGUCAGUUUAUCAUAUCCUGGAUCCUGGUUCUUGAGUCUGUUCCAGAUAUCAAUCUUUUGGAAUAUUUGCCUGAAAUCUUGGAUGGGCUGUUCCAGAUUUUGGGUGAUAGUAGUAAAGAGAUCCGUAAAAUGUGUGAAGUAGUUUUGGGAGAGUUUCUCAAAGAAAUAAAGAAAUCAUCACCCAAUGUCAAGUUUGCAGAAAUGGCUAACAUCUUGGUGAUCCACUGCCAAGGAUCUGAUGAUUCCAAACUAACUAAUGACCUGAUUCAGCUCACAGCCAUGUCUUGGAUGCGGGAGUUUAUCCAGCUGGCUGGUCGUGUAAUGUUGCCCUACUCCUCUGGAAUUCUAACAGCGGUGCUUCCUUGCCUAUCCUACGACAACCACAAGAAAAACACUAAGGAGGCAGCAAGUGCCUGUAAUCACAGCCUUAUGAAGUUGGUCACACCAGAAGAUGAUGUUGAAGAGGCUAUGCCUCCCAGUGAUCUUUCUGUGCCAGAUGAUUCAUCUUGCAAAUCUCGGGAAGUGCAGGAUGGCUCCUUGAAUACUUCCCAGGACUCAGCAGGCUUUAGCAACAUCAGCUUUUUUAUGCCAACAAGUGCUGAAAGAACCUCUGUUACUCUGGACUUGGAUGGCAUUGUACAGGUUUUGGAUCGCCAUUUACAUGACCCUGGAACAGGCAUGAUGACUCGAAUUGCUGUUCUAAAGUGGCUCUACCACCUGUACAUCAAAACGCCACGCAAGAUAUUUCGCCACACUGACAGUCUCUUUCCAGUGCUAAUGAAGACACUGUCAGAUGAGUCAGAUGAGGUGAUUCUAAAAGACCUGGAGCUCUUGGCUGAAAUUGCAUCUUCGCCAGCUGGUCAGACAGAAGCUUCGGAAUCCUCAGAAACCACAGACACCAAAUCUGAACUACAGGUUCCUGGCUCAGCUAAGGCAGUUAAACCAGGGCCAAAAUCUGGUGAUUGUUCCCCUUCAACCCCCAGUAUGAACUCUUAUUUCUACAAGUUUAUGAUCAAACUUUUGAGGCGCUUCAGUAUGGAGAGGAAACUUCUAGAUAUGCGUGGUGCUUUCAUUAUCAGGCAACUGUGCUUGCUGCUGAAUGCUGAGAACAUAUUCCAUUCAAUGGCUGACAUCCUGUUGAAGGAGGAGGACUUGAAAUUUGCUUCCACCAUGGUACAGACUCUCAAUACCAUUCUGCUUACUUCAGCAGAGCUCUUCCAGCUGCGGAAUCAGUUGAAGGAUCUACGAACCCAGGAGAGCUGUGCCCUAUUCUGCUGCCUGUACCGAUCUUGGUGCCACAACCCUGUAGCUACUGUCUCUCUUUGUUUCCUGACCCAGAAUUACAAGCAUGCUUAUGAUUUGAUUCAGAAAUUUGGAGAUCUAGAGGUGACAGUGGACUUUCUCAUAGAAGUAGACAAACUAGUGCAACUUAUUGAGUGCCCCAUUUUCACAUAUCUCCGGUUGCAGCUUCUGGAUGUAGAGAAUAAUCCAUACCUAAUCAAAGCUCUUUAUGGUCUUCUUAUGCUUCUGCCGCAAAGUCAGGCCUUUCAGCUUUUGUCUCAUCGUCUUCAUUGUGUCCCAAAUCCUGAGCUUAUGAGGACAAGUCCCCAGACAGCACUAAGAUCCAGAAGGCCUACUCCUGUUGACAUAGACUAUGGAGAGCUGUUGCAACACUUUGACAGAGUCCAGAAUAAACACUUGGAAAUUCGUAACCAGAGGGCAGGAAGAAGUGAAUACCCAGACAAGAAACUUGGCAUUUGAUUAUUCCUACCUGUUUUUCAUGGGAAGCCAAUUAUCAUAUCAAGUGAAGCAGUUAUGAACCUGCAGCCAAGUGAUAGUUUACAGAAGGUGAAUCCCAAAAUAUAAUGCUUCGUCUUUAUUUUGUUUGGUGCCCCUUAAGCUCAUAAUUAAGAUGGGGAGAAGCCUGAGAAAACAUCACACGAAUACUCUGAAAAUACUUAUCUUCAAUAACUACUGCGAAAGAAUUUGCAACCUGCAACUGAACUAAGCAUGGUGCAGCUUUUGUUGUUUUAUGUGUCUUUGUUUCUUUUCUUCUUUUUUGGUGCUAAAGAACAUGAAACAUGUAUGCUUUAUUUGAUUAGUCCAAUUAUUGGAAGGUAAGAAUCAUCCUUGGUUAUGGUACCUCCACAAAACAUAGUUCAAUAUGUUAGUUGAUUCACCUGUUCCCAUUUUCCAUUUUGAUAACCUUGAUAAUUCUUUAUUGUCAGAGGUGCUGGACUGAGCUAAAAUAGAGGGCUUCUUUAUUUCUUUUUAAUCAAAUAGAUCCUGCCUUAUGUGAUCUUGGGUAGUUCUUCCCUUAAAAAGAGAGUAUUCCUGUACUGAUUAUUUGCUGUUUACCUGCUUUUUUAAUUUUGUGUAGCAGAAUUAUUAUGAAUAAUUGGAAAUGUAUGUGGACAGCUAAAAAAUAGCCAAGAGCUGUUGUACAUGUGUACAAUGCAUAGUCUUCUCAUUGGCCUCAAAAGUUAUGGAGAAUUUCAUUUCAGCUACUUAUAUUCCGUGAACUGUCAGUGGUCUCCUGAACCACCUUACAACACAAUUUUAUUUUAAUAACCUUUUUCUGCAGGCGACAUUCCAUGAUGGUUUGAACAACAUAACUGUUAAUGCCCUAUUUUAUUGAUACAAAAAUGUCCAAACUCUGUAUGAUUCAUUUUUGUUUUGUAUUUAGUAUUUUGCUGGUCUCCUGCUUUGUGUUUCCUGUUUUAUCCCCUCUCUACCACUCUCAAUCUGUUGCAAAUGAAUGUUUGUUCUCUUUAUUCCAUUCCUUCAAUUUAAAAAGCAAGCUGUCAAGACUUGGCACAGCCCUUAUAAAACCAGAUGUCUGUAAGAUAUUCUGAUUUGAAAUAAAUUGUGGACUAUGCUGUAAA